AUUGCACAGCCACGCCAGUUACACUGGUGUUUACAGCUGUGGAAACAUUACUUGGUAUGUCGUGCUCUCGGCUGUUAGUAAGCAUUGUGUUGAUUAGUUAUGUUUCAGGAACUGAACUCAAUAGCCUGAAAGUGAGAUGGGGAAACCCCGCAAACAGCUACUACGACUUGCCCUGUAGCCUGCAGGAUGCCGUGGCCGAUCCACAGUGGCACAAGUCUGCAUACGAUCCUGGACUCAAGGUGGAUAUGGUCUCUCACUUCCGGGACCCCAGGUUUUUCCUGUUGUUUGAUGCUGCGGGAUCUAUCGCAGGAGUCAGGUUUGGUUUCCAUAAACAAGACUUUCGUCGCUCUAUGGUUGGCUUACACGGUAAACAAUAUAAUUACGUCUUUCCACGGAAAAUGUUCCGAACAGAGAAAUUGUGGAAAACAAAAACCUUUUAUACAACUGUCCUCUUUGACAAUCCUGAUGUUAUUAAGACUGGAGGCAGACCUUUCCUUAAUAAGAGUACAGACGGAAUAGUGACUUCUCUACACUACUGGGCAGAUUCCGCAUGGCACUCUGUGCCCAAGAGGGAGUGUGAUGUCACGGCUGAGCUGAAGGAACAAGGCUGUUACGAGAGCAUGGGAAAGCACUAUUUCUAUAAUACGGACAACUCAACUGAUUGCGCCCAGUGGCAGGGGUUCUUCACCACGUACGAUGAAGGGGUUCUCUCUGGGUUCGGACUCUGUGUGUUUGGCACCUACCUCUCACCGUUUUCCCACACGUUUUACGAGUAUCCGGCCUUUCCGGUUAUUAAAACAAUCCUGAGAUCAAGGCCGAACUGUGUGGAUGAGUGGCUGCCGCACACCGGCAUAACCUCGGUCCAUGUGUUCCUGAGGAAAGAUCCAGUUCAAGUCUCUUGUCCCCUGUCCGACUGGAGAACUGACCACUGUUCCGCCACCAGCUCUGAUGUUCAAGUUAUAAUCGUGUGUGAUACUGUUUAAUUAAAAUAUUGUUGUGAAAUUUUCCAGAGAGUUUCGUAGAAAGAACCCUGUAAAACGGCAUUUUGUUCCGUCAGUAUACAAUUGCUUUAAACUUUGCGUGGUAGAGACCGUCUGGACAGAACCGGUGAGGAUAUCAAACACUCAGUCUUCGGCUAUCUCAGAUCGUGCUCCUAUCGUGUUGUACAAGCCCAGCUGAAAACUUUAUUACUCUUUACCCGAUAUUCCUACAAGUAUUCCUACUCAGGUUACAACUUGUUCUAUAAGCGUUCGAUAAGCAUUGAUAAAUUACUGUCAUCACUUCACUUGUUUCAUAAUAAGUUUUUGAUAAAAGCAUACAAUAUACU